GUUACAGAUCGGUACCCAAGGGAACCUCCCGCUAUCCACGUUUCCAGUUCUGACGGUUGCAACGUGGCAGAUUCUGCAGUACUGGUAACGCACCUAGAGGGCGUUGCUAAGGCAUCUGUCGGGGAACCAAUGCUUCACACUCUCAUCACCGAAGCUAAGGACUUCGCGGCCUCGCAUGUCAAGGACAUCCCAAGGUCACGUUCUACACAGCAGACGUCAGCUAUAAAAGACGAUAGGAAGCCGGUCUGUAAGUUUUUCCUUGAAGGAAAGUGCAGAUUCGGUGAGAGCUGCUUCAACCGGCAUCCUCAGGACGAUGCGAUGUCAGUGGUAAAAGACGUCCCAGAGCCAAAAACUCAGGGCAGGGAAAAUCUCGCAGAUUCUCGCGAGAGGAAAGGGAACAAAAAGCCACCAAUGAGGACGGCCCUCGACGUCAUCAACCGCAUCCAAUGGGAUGAGGACCUUCCGAGCAAGAACUUUGUGAUUGGCUACUUGGACAGGUUUACAGGUGUUGAGGAGAGACCGUUCGACGACUUCACGUGGGGAGAGCUGAGCGAUGCCGAGCAGGACGACCUGGCCAUCCCGCAGCACCGCAUCCAGUACUUCAAGUACCACGACGAGAAGGUUUGGGACAAAAACGAGCGACUGGACAACGUGUUCGGGUCCACCGGAAGUUACGUCACGAUUCAUGACGUAUUACAAAGGUACAGGAAAGAGGACGAAAGUUUGACGACCGGAGAGAAGGAAGAGGGCGCGUCGUCUGUGGCGGAGGAACAAGAAUGUGACGAAGAAAGCAGCUCAGAUAGCGACGACGAUACACAGACGGUGACAACGCCCUGGAUACGACAGAAAAACACAUCAAGGAAGUCAAAACCAACCUCAUCAAACAGACCCAACUUUUUCGUCGCCGUCCGCAUAACAGACCCGGAUAUACUGAGAGUCGCGAAGCACUUCCGGACGUGCAUUUUCGAGCGUUCGCCAGUCUUGGACGCUGCCUUGGCCCAGGUUGAAAAACUCCACGUGACGUUGUGCACCUUACGGAUCAACAACCAGGAUGAACUGGACGCGGCAAGGAGGGUUUUGCGCGACCUGAAGCGGGAGUCAGCUCGCCUCCUGCCGCCUUCUCUCGUCUUGAAGUUCCGCGGCGUCGAAACGUUCAACAACCGCGUGGUGUACGCCGCUCCGGAGGACAGUCCGGCCUUCCGCGCGCUGGCUGCUCGGGUGAAGUCACUGUUGAGUGACGCAGGGCUAAACAUGGCGGGAAGUCACGAAGAGUACAACCCCCACCUCACCUUGCUGAACCUGUCCCGGUCCAUGUGCAGAGAGAUGGUGUCGUGCGGCGCUUUAAGUUCAGAGGGCGUGGAUCCGGCGUUGUACGACCAGUUCUUGGACCGAGAUUUCGGCGCCCAGGCUGUGGAGGAACUGCACCUGUGUUCUAUGGGCUCCACCAGGCACGACGGGUUCUACCAGUGCGCCGCUAGUGUCGGGCUCUUUGACGAGAAUUAGAUUAUUUCUUUAUAAGGCCACGCCAAUUUUAUUUGUUGUUUCUCGUAUUUUUUCAGAAAAAGAUUGGGUCGGUCGGUCGGUCGGUCGAAAACUUUUCAAAUCGUCGAGGGUAGAACAGGUUGGACAGAAAAACAUAAACUUUCAACAUUUAGGGGGUCCCUGGUGGCAAAGUCCAAAGUUUGAAGAAAAAUGAUAAACGUACCGUCCAAAAUAGGCACGCACAUCUACUAAAAUUUGAGGCCUAUAAUUAAUUUGAGAAAGGAGAGGCAGUGAAAUUUUGUCAACACGAAGUGUGACCAUCAAUUUGAAAUUUUUUAUUUUUAUUUUCAAAUCUGAAAAAAUAGGGUCGGGAAAUCCGAGAAACAACAAAUAAAAUUCGUGUGGCCUAUUGACAAAACAGUUUAUUUCCCUGGAUUGCCAAACUAGCGAACUCUCUCGACGACAAUUGUUACCUACCAACCUUCAAAACAAAUGUUCACGUUGUACAAUUGCUUCCAACGUCUUAGUUCAUUGCCUUGAAGUGGUCAAACCACGUCGACAUUGCUUUGAACAAUCCCGUUAAAUUAACUUGUACAUUCAAUUGAUAAAAAGUCAUGCACAAUAAAAUUAAUGUAAAUAUUGUGUUAAGUGAACUCGAAACUGCAAAUGUAUCGUCAAAUAUUUUCGUAUGCCUCGUCAAGUAUGGUUGUAACAUGUAAUACUGUGACGUGUUUGUAAAAUUUCAGGAAAUUGUCGAAUAAACAAAAUAUAUCAGCUUAAA